AUUUAAAUAACCGAAAGCACGCCGCAACAAACAAACAAGGAGAGAGAGAAGCAAGAGCGAAACCAACAGGCAACAGUAAUCAAAAUCCCAAACCGGAGGGGGCAGCAUAGCAGCCGAGGCCGCGGGGGCACCGGGACCUCGGGCGCGCCGCGGGAGAGCAGCAGAGGCGUCGGCGCCGUGACGAGACGCCGCCCCGCCCUAUCCUCUCGCCCGCGAGUUCGGCCGGAAUCGGAGCCCAGCCGCCGGGGAGCGGCCGCGGCGUGGCCGGAGCAGUCCCCGCCCGUGACGGCCAAUGCCGGCGGAGCGAGCCGCGAAAUCACCUAGGGCGCGGAGCUGAUCGGAACUGUGCUGCGUACAAGAUAUGGGAAGAUUUGGGUAUUAGGGAUUGAAUUUUGCUGUGGCAGUUGUGUACCAAGAUGUUGGGCACCAUGGAGUCACGGAUGGAUCAGUACGAGAUUAUGGAGCAGAUUGGCCGCGGCGCCUUUGGUGCCGCCAUUCUGGUGAACCACAAGACCGAGAAGAAAAAGUAUGUGCUGAAGAAGAUCCGGCUCGCGAGGCAGACAGAGAGGUGCCGCAAGUCUGCUCAUCAAGAGAUGGCCCUUAUUGCCCGCCUUCAACAUCCUUACACUGUUGAAUUCAAGGAGGCAUGGGUUGAGAAGGGUUGCUACGUUUGCAUUGUGACGGGAUACUGCGAAGGUGGCGAUGUGGCUGAACUGAUGAAAAAGGCAAAUGGGACAUACUUCCCGGAAGAGAAACUGCUGAGAUGGUUUGCUCAAUUGGCUCUAGCUGUUGACUACUUGCAUUCGAACUAUGUUUUGCACCGGGACCUCAAGUGCUCAAACAUAUUUCUCACAAAAGAUCAUGACAUCCGUCUUGGGGAUUUUGGCCUUGCUAAGACCUUAAAGGCAGAUGAUCUAACAUCUUCAGUUGUGGGAACACCAAAUUACAUGUGCCCAGAGCUUCUUACUGACAUUCCUUAUGGAUUCAAGUCAGACAUAUGGUCUCUUGGAUGUUGUAUGUAUGAGAUGGCUGCUCAUCGACCUGCUUUCAAGGCUUUUGAUAUGGCUGGACUGAUAAGCAAAAUAAAUCGCUCCUCCAUUGGCCCUAUACCUACUUGCUACUCUCCAUCUAUGAAAAUGCUUAUCAAAAGCAUGUUGAGGAAGAAUCCUGAACACCGGCCUACUGCAUCUGAUAUUCUGAAAAAUCCAUACCUGCAACCUUAUGUUGAUCAGCACCGCGCAUUUACCGCUGUACCGCAUCCCAUGCGAUCACCAGGGAAAUCCAUUACCAGUUCACGGAGCAGUCGGAGGAGCAUGUCUGGGAGCCAAUGUAGCAGCAUUUCUGGCACUGGCAGUGAUUUGGACAGUAUACAAUCAAGUGAAAGAAACACGUCAGGGCUAGCUACAAGUUCAAACAACACCGCCAUUGGUACUGAAGGUGCUGAAGCUACUGAUGAUGCGUCAGUUAAAACCUGUUCAACACCACGUGAUCUUAAAAGCCAUAAGGACAUAGAUAGUCCUGAACUGGAGAGACAAGACUCACCUAAAUCCAUACAUGUUGAUCAGCGUCCCAAAUACGGGAGUAAGCAGCCAAAAAUCAUCAAGAAGAUACUAACAACUCUAAGAGAGGAGACUAGUAAGCUCAGGGUAAACAAUUCACCUUUGAGAGCUAGCCGUGUAAAGCUACAUUCACCUAGUCACAGAGAGCUCUUGUCUGAUGAUUCAGAGCAUAACAGUGUUUCCUCCAGUGUGAAAUCUAGUGAAGUGACGCCACAUGCACCAGCAAAGGUCAACCGCGAUACUGUGAAACACAUACAAGCAUCUCCUCCCCUGAAGUAUUUGUCACCAAUUGUUGAACAUUCUCCAAAAGUUAAGAUCAAAGUGGAUGAGCCGCAGCAGCUAGACCCUACCAAGCAGACAAUUGAAAAUGUUGAUGCCGCUGAAGGGAAAGUCAAGAAUAGGGUUCUACCCAGUUUUAGUAGACGCCCUAGCUUCCCUCCCCGGAGGCAAGUGGGAGCAGAGAGUCCACAGCACACUGGGACAAAACGAGCUCACAGCAAGGUUACCACUGAGCAUGCAAAAAGCCCUUCUCGACCUGUCCAUAGUCCAAAAAAUGCUUUCACUGAGCUUCCAGGUGUUCUAAUGGCUCCUCCAAGCCCCCUGGGGGGUAAUCAAAUGAAAGUUGGCAAUUCACAGGCGGAAUGUGCUCCACCCAGAGAUGUAGCAACCAAAGAAGUUAGCAGUGCUUGCUCCAGUUCCAUGAUUGAUUAUGCUGACAGCACCAAGCAGUCUGAACCAUCUGAACCUGAUUCACUAACCCACUUGGAUUCAUCUUGCAAAUGCUCAACCCUGGACACAGCCAUACAAAAGCAUGAUCAAACUGAUAUGCCAAGCUCAGAGCUCAACACCACCAAUUUUCAGAAGAGUAUGCCUAGUAAUGAUGAUAGUAGUGUAAGCUCAGGCUUGGACCCAUCUGUUGAUACAAAUGUGCAAGAAUUUAUUUGCAAGGAUGAUAUUCCCUGCAGUAAGACGGUGCAGAGCACUCCCACUAUCACUGUACAGAGUGAGGAGGAUAAGUUCACAGUACAAGAACUGCUCUCAUCAGUACCAUAUAUUGCUCCUGAUGAUUCAGCAACAAAAACCAUUGCACUAGACAAAGGAUCCAAUUCUAUCCAUCAGUCAUCAGAGAAAUCACCAGGUCCUCAUUCGGGCCCUCCAGUUGAGGACAUUAUACAUGUCAUAAGGCCCAGCAGUUUCAGCGUCAGCGAUGAGCAGGCAGUAACACGGAAUGCUGAAAUGGAAGCCCAGAGCACAGAUGUUGGCGAACUUGGCGAUGUUAUAAAAGAAGAAGUGGAUGUGAGAAGCAUCACACCAAGUCUUAUACCUUCCGGACUUGUUGGUUCUGCCACUGUGAAGCCCAACAUUUCAGAAGAUAAUACCAUCGGUCCGAAACUCGCCAAUUCAGAUGUGCUAAAAUUGCCCGCUGUCCCAGAAGCAAAUUCUACUUCUCCGGAGACCAACGGUGGGUUCAAGGAGGAGGCGACCCCAGCAAAGGAAAUACCGGCAACCUCAGCAAAGGAAAUGCUUGAUGUUAAGUCCUUCAGGCAACGAUCCGAGGCUCUUGAAGGGCUCUUGGAGCUUUCUGCUGAUCUGCUGGAAAACAACAGGUUGGAGGAGCUUGCGGUGGUUCUGAGGCCGUUUGGGAAGGCGAAGGUGUCGCCGCGAGAAACGGCCAUCUGGUUGGCCAGAAGUUUUCAAGGGAUGAUGAAUGAUGAAGCGAGUCGCAGCUCAACGUGAGUGCCCGUAACAUUAACCUUUUAUUUUUAUUUUUUAUUUAUGCUCUGAAAUCUCCAAAUCUGUAAAGUUUGACCACCUCACGCCCCCCUCAUUUCGUGUGCUAUAUGUAUAGUAGUCCCAUGCUUGUGUGGUGUAUACGGUACAUUCUGUAAAUAGCCCAGACUUGUAAACAGAAAUAAGACGUGUAAAAAAUAAUGUUAAAUCUGCAUACCAAGGUAUGCAUAUUGAAGGUCCGCUAUUUAUCCA